AUGGCGACUCCGUGGCCUCAUAGGGAUACCUGGCCAACCCCACUACGCGAGCAUGCCACAAAUCUCAGCGCAUUCGCCCACGAAAUACUGCACCUCAUCGAGCGCAGUGGCAGCCAAUCCGUGCCAGCGGACGUAGUCGGUGACAUUAUCCGCGGUUCGCUGACGUUUGUCCUGAAAGUGCAGCACACCCCCGACCUCAGCGCAUUGAGCGACGCACUCAAGAUCGCACAGACCGAAGCCAAAAUCAACGCAGAAAACACAGUGCAGGCACUCGGAGAAAUCAAGAACCAAAUCUUAAAGACGAAGGAAAUAGCACAGCGAUCGGCGACAAACAUACAGCAGAACGGAGAGAGAAUAAAGGAGGUGGGGGUGGCAGCAAGGGAAGCCACGGAAGUAGGCAGAAACGUUAUGGAGAUGACGAGAGACAUCAAGAACAGAAGACUACAGGAACAAGCAAUCGGACAGGUGUCUUACGCUGCUGUAGCAGCCAGGAACCUCCCACCGGCAGGUACAUACACUACACAGGCUCUUAAAGCACCGUCAGCGCAGAUCCAGCGCGAGGUCAUCAUAAAUAUUAGAGAUCCAUUCACUGUACAAAGCCUAAGGGCCAUGAAUCCUGGAAACCUUAAAGCCCAUGUGGAACGAGCCAUUGACCAGAGCGGAAACGAAAAUAUAGUAAACGUGAAGAUCGUCUCUGCGAAUCAGUUGAAAAGUGGAGACCUAAGUAUCAAAACAGCAGCAAGCAAUGAAGUCGAGGCACUGCGACAGUUCGCGGAUGACUAG